AUGCCUAGAGCAAGCCCCUGGUAUUCGUUCAAAUUUCCAGAACUGUCCCCGAUCAGCCAGGAGAAGGUUGAAUUCUUGACCCAACAGCUCCAGGCUUGUAUAAGUCAGCUAGUUCAGGGCAGUAAAUUGCCCUUUGUACACGACAGCUCCCAUCACGACGACAUCCCCCACGAAUACCAGGACCUACUUGGGGUCGCCGCCAUGUACUGCCAAAGAACGCCCCGAAAUCAGCGAGCGGUAUUCUCCAUGCUGGACAACAGUGUCUCGAGACUGGCAUCCCAGGCUUCGUCAUGGAGUGUCGACGAGCUUUUACUUGCUACGCAGGCACUCAUCUUCUACGAGAUUAUCCGACUCUUUGACGCAGAGGUCGGCCAGCGAGAUGCAGGCGAAAGACAGCUCGCCAUCCUGUCCGCGUGGACGAAACGACUGCAGGAGGCAACCACGGCUUGUCAGGAGGGCAUUCUCCACAGGAAGUCUCCAUAUCUGCGCUGGGUAACACUGGAGAGCGCCAGGCGCACGGUCCUGAUUUCUAUCAUGGUCCACAGUGUGUACUCCCUGGUCAAGGAUGGAGUCUGCAACACCGUACCUCUUAUGGCGAGAAUGCCAGUGUCCCUUGACGCGAACCUGUGGCACAUGUCCGAACAAGAGUGGUGCGAAGCCACCUCUGGCGUGGAAGACAAGCUGAUGACAUAUCACGAGUAUGUGACGAAAUGGAGUCAUGGAAAGCUGCUCCAGGACUACGGUGCUUAUGAGACCAUUCUCUUGAGGUCGUCCGAGGCUGGCAGAGCAAAGACGUAUAAAUCCUCGGUUCUCGCUUUCGAAAGGAGUAUCGACCCAGCAAUCGCUUACUGUCACGCCUUCACAUUCGACAUUUCAUCCGGCUUACGUGACAUAGCUUCAGCAUAUCAGAUCCACGUUAUCGACGAGUCGCGCUCGCAUCUGCCGCCGCAUCUGCUUGGAAACCUUUCAUUGAAGGAUGUCCCCAUCCCCAUCCUUGGGCCAAAUUCGGUCUUGGUUCGGGUGCGCGCCGCUGCCCUCAACUUCCGUGAUCUUCUCGUUGCUGCUGACUCGCCUUUAUAUGCCGUACGCACAUUACCAGGCCUUGUGCCUUGCUGCGACGGCGCCGGUGAGAUCGUCCAGGCCGGCCCCGGCAGCAGGUGGCACGACCGUAUCGGGGAGAGGGUGAUUAUGGUACCCGGAAGGGAUUGGAUCGAUAGCGAUGUGGAUGCCAUUCGCAUUCAUAACGUCUUGGGUGCAGGUGACGUCGAUGGCACCCUUUCUCAAUACAUCGUGGUUGGGGAUGACUGUGUCCUUUUGGCGCCCAAGAACCUCUCUUGGGAGGAAUCGGCAGCGAUGGUGACUGCAGCCGGCACGGCCAUCAACGUCUUGGACAGCAUUGAGCUGAAGAAGGGAGCCACUGUCGUGACACAGGGGACGGGUGGGUACGCUUCCGCGCUCGGUGCCAGGGUCAUCGCCACGUCCUCGAACGCCGAAAAGCUUCAGACUGCAAAGAAGCUCGGUGCUUCGGACUUGAUCAACUAUCGGACCACCCCGGACUGGGCCGACGAAGUCCUCUGCCUCACAGAUGGAAGGGGAGCCGAUCUGGUAUGCGACAUGGCGGGCCCAGGCACGGUGGAAGCCUCGGUCAAAGCUCUGAGACAAGGCGGCACGGCCUGUUUGGCUGGACAGUUGACUCCGCCGAAAGCAGUGGACCUCGUCAUGCCACUCAUGCUGGGUGGUAAGACCUUGAAAGGAAUUCUUAUCUACAGCAGGACCAUGCUCGAGAAGGCGGACGCUCUGGCCGAAAAGUACGAUCUGCAUCCUCGUAUCCAGGAGGUGUAUGCUUGGGAAGAUGCACCCAAGGCGUUUGAGCGGUUGAGGGGCCAGGACUUUGUCGGGAAGCUGGUCAUCCGGGUUUGA